AAAUCUUUUCUUCAUCUUGGAAAAAGACUUCUCUUGGAUUUCUGAUAGAAUAUUUCCAAUAUGCUAUGUUAGUGCAAGACAGUAACUUACAGCUAGACAAGAAAAAUCAGCUUUGUUCAAAGUAAGAGCAUGGCCUGUUCUUACAGUAUAAUUUUUUUCCCACAAUUUUGUUUUAUGGGUCCUUCAGCUUGAAUAUAUAAUUUGUGAGCUCAAAGCCCAGGGCAGCAAAGGACCAUGCUGAGUUAAAUGGCAGUAGGCUCUGGUGGGUGGGGAAAACUCCAAGCUACAAUUGUAAGAGUCCCUAAGUCUGGAGGUCAGAGAAAGAUGAACUGCCCCCAGUGUGUUCACAUGACACCUAACAGAUCAUUAGGCUGGAAAGAGCAGGGCUGGUAGCUGGUAGUGGAGGGAGCAACCCAGCCUCAUCCAAGGAACCAAGUGGGGGCAGGGACAGGCGUAAAUGCAUCAGGCAUUUGUUGUCACACAAAUUUCUUAUAAUUAGAAUACCUAUCCCCAAAGCCCUGAUCACUGAAGUCUUUAAAUGAACCCUUUAUUAAACUCUUCCAUUAUGCAGAGCUAUGGAUGGAGCUCUUCUGGGUUUUAGGGACCCCACUCAAGUCAGCUUUCAAGUGAAUUUGAUGAGUUGCAAUGACAGCAAACCCACUCUUCCUCUGAGACUGAAUGCCUGUAAUUUUAAUACUAUGUUAAGGUGUGGGGUUUUUUUUUUUUUUUAAGUCCAAUUUUGAACAAUUUCCUGGAUUCUUCUUCGGGGGUUAUAGCUGGGGAUUGGCAAAUGAGUCUCGGUUAUUUUUAAAACAGUUUUCUGAGUGGGUGAAUGUGGAAGGGUGGGCAUGAUAUCAGAUAAGAGAGUGUGUGGGUAUACACAUAUCUAUAUCAGUGAAAGCCAAAAUAAUUACUAUCCUUAGUGCUUGGAUUGGCACCGUACCGUGUUUUAAAUUGCAGAUCUAAACAGAGUGCUAGUUCACAGGAAAUUACAUUCUCAGAUUAACAGUAGCAUUUCAUUGUGCAGAAAGCAGCAGGUUCUUUCUUUCUCUUUCAUUCAUUCUUCCUUCCUUCCUUUCUUUCUUUCACAUUUGUAAGUACAUUUAAUACCCAACUGCUUGAGGAGAGAGGGGCAUUGAGGGAGAGGUGAAUUUUGUCAUGAAUACUGGGGAAUCGGUGUGAUGUCACUGCAAGCUCUGUGUGAUCGUAGGUGGUAUUAGAGCUCCAGGAGCGAAAGCAGGGAGAGCAGUGGAAGAGACGAUGUCGCUCUCAGACAAGCAGACAGCCUCUCUCACUGCCGCGUACGGUCAGCUCAGUAAGAGCAAGCCUGCGGAGUGCCGAAUGGACUCCCCAAAAGAAAUCAGUCAAGCCGGAUUCGAAUGGCAGAGGACAGAGGGCAAACUGAAUGAAAUUGGGCUGAAUGUCAGCAUGGACGGGCAACCGAAAGAUGGGCUUGUGAAGAAUGCCAGCUUCCUGGAGCAGAAUAAGCUCUGCUUUUUUGAGGGGAAGCUAGACAAAGAGCUCAGCAUUGAAGUGCAGGACACGGACUAUCAAGCAGCCUCGGGUCACCUUGAGAGCAGGUAUGUGAUUUCAGAGACCUACCAUCCCUUGGAGGGGAACUCGGUACACCAGAAGACCUCCGAGUUCCAUCUGGGACUCAUAGAGGGGCCAGACAAAAACAAAACCAUUCCAGUUCAGGGGAAGGUGGCAGGGAAGAAUGGACUAGAGACCAAGAGCCAGUCAGAUCUGGAUUUCCCUGGGGCUGCUGACGUCCCUACCAGGUAUGCUAAGGAGCAGGAAACCAGUGUUUGGAACCCCAACUUUCAUCCAGUGGCUCAAGGCCCUCUGGGCUCAAGGGAAGCAACUCCGGGAGAGAUGAAGAAUAGCAUCAUCCCUGGCUGCCCAGUGAUUGGGGUGGUAAAUAACUCUGAGCAGCUGAAAUGUGAGUCCCCACUCCUGGUGUCUGUAGCCCACCCAGCCCCCAUUAUUGAGCAUUCACCCACCACCAUUCCGCCAAUCACUAUGGUGUUCACCCAGGAACAUUUGAAUGCAAGCUCUCACAUCAGAGACCAUGAUAAAGAGUUGGAGAAAUUGAGUUCUACCGAGGAGGAAGCUGUGCUCAACCAAGCCCCCCAGCAGAAGAAGACAGUGCGCAGGGCCCUGUCUGAAUGUUCUCACCUCUCAGUUCCCCCAGCUGUCAACCUUGCAGAUAAGUACCCUGAACUCCCUGCCCGAGAAGAGCCGCCUUCUGGCCUGCUGCCUCCCCCUAGUAGCCCAAUGUCUAGUCCUAUGCCUGGGAAACUGGGAGCUCCUGCUAUGAAGCGCUCCAUGACUGUGGGUGAGGAACAGACAGCUAGCUACAAAUUGAGCCCUGGGAAACUGCCCAUCGUGUCUACUAAAGAGAUACCUCCUUUCAUCUGCGAGGAACCAGUGGCCAAGAAGAGAGAAGAAUUGGCCCACUUCAGCAACAGCAGCAGCAACUCUGGGAAAAAGGAACUCGGCACUGCUGGAUUGUAUCUCCAUAGUAAGCUGGAGCAGAUUCCUGAAGGAAGCAGCAAGGAAAAAGGGCAGGAAGAUAUUAGUGAAACUAGAAUUGAUUCAUGCUCCCAGGUCUGCCAGCGAGGAGAGAAACAGCCAGGACAGACAGCUCUGGCAGGGAAGAAAGAAAUUGAGGUCACUGCAACCCAGAGCACUCCAUCGUUUCUGUGUGAAGAGCCCCCACGUGAUGGUAUGUUUCUAAAUUUUGCCUCCAUUGGGAACAAGCAGACAGCAAGGAAGGAACCAAAGUGACAGAUUACCAGCAGAGCACUAAGCAGCUUUUUACAGCCUGGUUCUGUGACUGCCUGGGGAAAGCUUAAUUCCCUUGUGUUAGAGGCUUGCUGGGAGUGAGGCAAGAAAGAGAACAAAGUGAAUCUUGCAGGGUCAAGCCGAAUGUCUUACUAGCAUGACAGAUAGUGUGAAUUGAGUAGGUGGGUUCGGGGUGGAAUGGGGUCAGAGAAUGGUGGGCAUAAAAACUAGAGCCCCUUUCUUGACCUCAUGUCACCCUGUCCAACCCAUCCCCCAUCCACCCAGCCCUCAGCUCCCGGUUGGUUUGAACCAGAUGAUUCCUGAGCUCUAAAUCCUCCAAUCGCAAAUGAUUGAUUUCCUUGCUUGAAAAUCUGUCACUUUGUAUAGAUUCACAAUGGGUUUAUCAGCACUAACCUCCUCUCAUUAAGUUGCACGAUCUGGGUGGAAGCUCUGUUUUCUGUUUUGCUUUUGAGAACGUUUUACUUUUGUUCAAACUGAAAAAGAACCCUUUAAAGCUAGCUGUUUAAUAUUCUUUCUGUGUUCUUCAUGUUUGACCCAAUCUUGCUUCUAGUGUUCUCUUUUUGUGUGUGUUUUGAGAGGAUUUGUGGGGAGAAAAAGAAGAAAGAGAAAACGGGGAGAGGAGGAGAGACUUACAACCUAAUAAACAGCUAAAUGUUGCGGUCUUUGUGAC